UGCUCAUGAUCACCACUUGUGUUGCGGUCUGAAACAAAAUGAUUGUCGCUAUAGAUACCUAAUAUGACCUUUUACUUCUAGUUUAACGACGGAAGGCUUGCCCUCGGAAAACCAGCAUUGUCAAUGCACGCCGUCGGUAGACAAAACCUUUUUCUUGGUUUUGAAAAACUGAGGAUCGUCAAGGAAACCGCAUACUAAAGUCACUUUAAACUCAUUUGACAUGGACUUCACAUUUAAUAUCACAGACGAUAUACCACAAGGCAAAUAUGACAGCAGCUCUGUAAUGACGGCUGUUUGCUUAAUUUUGAUAUCCAUCUCCGCUGUUGUGGGCAAUUUACUUGUCUUGGCGGCCAUCGUUAUCAAACGAAAUCUUCGCACUAUAUCAGACCUCUAUUUGGCAAAUUUAGCGAUCGCGGACUUACUGCAGGCAGCUCUGGCCAUUCCACUUCGUGCCACAGUUCUACUCGGAAUGGGGAAACAACAAGCUCCAAUUCCUUGUUCAGUGGUUAUAUUUUUCACCCUUCUUUUUGGAGGUAUUUCAAACAUCAGCAUUCUACUAGUCAGCGUGGAUAGGUUUACAGCCAUCAAAUGGCCUUUUAAGUACCACACUUGGUUCACAAUGAAGGCUUUUGUCGGCUCUGUGAUCCUAUCGUGGUCGUCCAUGUUUUUGUUCGCAGCAUCACCACUGGUCGGGUGGGGACGAUCAGAUGACCCUUCACUAUCCCCCUCGUGCCGUUUUAGCAGCACAUUGGACAGAACAUACGUCGCAAUUGGAUACAUUUUCAUCCACGGAUUACCAUUAAUGACAAUCAUAACAGUCUAUUUCUUUAUCCUAAAGGCAUCCUUCAGACAUUCCCGCGCAAUCGCUGCGCAAGAGCUCAGUUUGCAGUUGAAUAAUUCCCAAUUGAAAGAAAAUUCUUUUACUUGCGGGGAACUCAGCACAAAUGGUGAACAGCGUCGCACAACAAAUGGCAACAACGGUCACACUGGACUCCCCCGUAUGCGCAUGCGCAAUCACGUCCGUAACAGUGGCAGAAGUGGUAAAGGUGCCCGUAUGAUCGCGAUCUUGAUAGGCGUGUUCAUUAUUCUUGUGCUGCCAAUCAUCGUGAUUGACGUGGUAGAGAUGUGGAAGCAGUCUUCCGCUCCACCAAUCGUAGUUAACAUUGCAAUAUGUUUGAUUUAUACUAAUUCUGGAGUGAAUGUUUUCAUCUACGCCAGUUGGAACGCAGAAUAUCGAAGAAAUUUUCAUCGUAUUUUGCACGCUCUAUGGAAGGUAGUAACCAGUCCCUGUUCGUGAGUUUGUGGACUGAAAAACUCUACUGUUCUCAUUUACCUAAGAAACUGUUUAACAAGUAACUAGAGCCAACUAUUCUGCCGUAACCGGCAUUUGAGCCGCACAUAACCUUGAUGAUUUUUUUUAACUUUGAAAGGAAAAAAAAAGAUCAACAAGUUCAUGUGGGGGAAAAGACUUAAGUAUCUUAGCGUAGGUGAAUUGCACCCGGUGUUUUAAUAGGUUCGGACCCGCAAAAUGAGUAGCCCUGCUUGGUGAGAAGGUCCAUAGCAAAAGAAGACCCUGUCCCUCUUAACCUGCAGGUUUUCGCAUCCUGCAGUUGCUCUCAUUCCGCAGGUCUUUUAAUCCCGCAGACUUUCUCAUUCUGCGGGCUUUUAAUUGUCAUCCAGCAUGUCUUCUCAUCCUCCGGGCCAAAUCCAAAUGACCUUAAAUUCUUGCAGGAAGUGUCUAAAUAAGGCAGCUGUUUCAUGCUUAGAGGAAGCUGAUUCCAUAAAUGUUUGUAAGAGAUCGAAUGUUACUUCGACAGGAGAAUCACCAAUUUGAAUAUCGAGUUUGUUGAAGACAAUCACAGACAAAAUUGUGCACUGAAGAUGUUUUAAUCUGGUACGUGAUCUUCUGUUAGUCGGUACAGCUGUAAAUUAUAUAAAGCAGAAAGCUAGAGACUCGAAACCGAAACAAAUAUUGAAUUACAAGAAAAAUAACACAAAAGCGACGACUCUCAUAUUUUUGGGCAUCUCCAGGCUUAUAAAACGUCAACAUCAAAAGGUAAUAGAUGAUCGAACAAACAAACUUUCGCCUACACACAAAACAGCGCACAACACAAUUUUUCGAGCACAUGGUAGUCGCAGAAAUCAUGUGAUCCGCACAAGGGGGUAUCGGAGGGGCAAACUGUCCCUAACACAGUUGUUUAGAGGAAUUACUGAGAAUUAUGGCUUUAACUUUUGAGAAGUUGACUGUCAAGUGGGCAGAAACGAACCAAGAUAAUAGUUAAUGAAGAUCGUGAUUAAGAGUCACUAUCAAAGCUGUAGCGUUGUUGCCUUGAGCGUAGGUAGUGAUGUAAUCAGUGCAGAGUCACAGAGAGAAGAUAUGAACGCUGAGAUUUAGGUCUUGUACGAAAAUGCUGAGAAUAGCUUGGUCCGAAAAGACUGCAAACUAAUAACAGUAUCAUCUACUCUUUAACCCAACACCUAAAAGCAAUUUGCUAAAUCAAGUUUAAUUUCCUUGUUUAAUUUUUACUGCUAAAAUAUAUUACGUGGUGCCAAUUGUUAUGGCAGAAGAAAUCGCUUAAUUAAUACAAAGCCUCGACACAGGCUUAAAAUAUUUGUAUAUCAUUUUACCCUAUCGGAAAAUGUCUUUUACACUGGGACAACCACGUGACAUUCCCUUCAUCAACAUCACUUGGACGUGGUUUUGAGUGGGACAACUUGCGAUACGUUACUAAUUAUCAGUACACUGUCAUGAUUAUCACCGAGUGCCUCUGAUAUCUUCUGGACAACGUGUACGAAGUGAUAAAGCGAUGCUUGAAAUUAA